AUGAAGACGAAGAAGUUGUUCCUGUCGUCUGCGUCGGCGCUAGUCCGCUUCGGGCAUGGUGAGGAUAUCAAAUGCUCGAAACCUCCAAAGCUCUGCGUUGAAUCCAUUGCGAGUUUAUCAGCCCAGAAAUACAAGCAAAAACAGAUCAUAUCCACCAUGGCAAGCCCUCUGUCGCUCAUAUACAAGUACGCCGUACCGGUCGCGGUCGGUGCCUCGUUCGUUCAGGCUUCGAUUUACGACGUCAAAGGAGGAUCUCGCGCUGUCAUAUUCGACAGGCUCUCCGGUGUGCAGGAAAAGGUCGUCAACGAGGGCACACAUUUCCUUAUUCCAUGGCUACAGAAGAGCAUUAUCUACGAUGUCAGGACGAAGCCCAGAAAUAUCUCCACAACGACUGGAAGUAAGGAUUUGCAGAUGGUCAGCUUGACGCUCAGAGUGCUGCACCGACCGGAAGUUCAGAAACUGCCCGUCAUCUACCAGCAACUUGGCCAAGAUUACGAUGAGAGAGUCCUCCCAUCCAUCGGAAACGAAGUUCUCAAGUCGAUUGUCGCCCAAUUCGAUGCCGCGGAACUGAUCACCCAGAGAGAGGCUGUCUCGAACCGCAUCCGCACCGAUCUCCUUCGACGUGCUCAGGAGUUCAACAUCGCCCUUGAGGAUGUCUCCAUCACCCACAUGACAUUCGGCCGCGAAUUCACCAAGGCCGUCGAACAAAAGCAGAUUGCGCAGCAGGACGCCGAACGAGCCCGAUUUAUCGUCGAGAAAGCCGAGCAGGAGAGGCAAGCCAACGUCAUCCGCGCUGAGGGUGAGGCAGACAGUGCAGACAUUAUCAGCAAGGCUGUUGCCAAGGCUGGUGAUGGUCUUAUCCAGAUCCGAAGAAUCGAAGCCAGUCGUGAAAUUGCUCAAACGCUCGCCUCAAACCCCAAUGUAACAUAUAUCCCUGGCGGUGAGGGUGGAAAGGAAGGUGGGAAGGGAACCGGCCUUCUACUAGGCCUGAGAUCAUAG